GGGGAGCCCAGUCUGCCACAGGCCUGGCCGCCUCCUAGGCUCACCUUGCAUGCCACCUUUAAAGGAACAGGCGUCAGACCCGGGUUCGGCAGACAGGCGGGCGGGCGGACGGCACACUUUUGGGAAGAGCUCCCUGCACCAGAGACCCAUGCGCGCCCCUGGACUUGCCCAGCUCCGGAUGGGUAGCCUACAGAGCCGGCCUCCCUUGGCGGAGUAGGGCGCAAAUGGACUGGAGUUGCCCAGACCCUUCUGGCCGAGCCGGAGGAGGACGGACCCAGCACGUCUACACAGCCGCCGCCGCCGCCGCCGCCACCGGGGCAGGAUCGCGAUGGAGUUUCGCUGGGUCGCGGCUUCACCCUGAGCACGGCUUCCGUGGCCUGGCCGUGCCGCCCCUGCCCGAUCGGUAGAUCAGAAAGGAGCCCGUUGCGACAACCUGCUGCCCCCCCCCCCGAGGCGAUGUGGUGGUAGAGGAGGAUUGGGUCCCACACCAUGGCUGGAGCGUAGUCUGACCCUCCCCCCCACACCAGCCGUGUCUCGCAUGGGCCCGGCAUGUGGGGGGUGUCAGCCGAUGAGAAAGCAGCGACGGGACCUCCCCUUCCUUUGACCUCAUUAGGAGACGGAGGUGAAAGAUGAUUGGCGGCCAGGCGAAGGACUUCGAGUGAUUGGCUGUCUUCGAGGAGAGAAAGAGAGAGAAAGAGAGAGAAAGAGAGAGAGAGAGAGCCACUCAGAGCUUCUCCGGCACAGUAGCAUUUUAUGUGGCUGUGACUGGAGAAGGGGAAUAAACCAGAGGAAACUGCAGCAAGCCGCGGCAGGGUGGUGGCACCCGUCGCUCAGAUCGGGGGGGUGGAGGGUGGGGUACAAAGGCGGAUCCCCCACAGCGGGAGAGGCUGGAUGCAUCGCACAGUGGAGCAGUUGGGGGGCCGUGCUGGACGGGACCCCUUUUCUCUCGGCAACCUGGGCUGCAGCGGCAACGGCUGGAGCUCCUGCCAUUCCCGCCCAUGGCUCCAGGGCGGCAGGUGCUCUGCCAGCGUCGGCCAGCCUCAGCUGCCCCCGCACCUGCCGCCCAACCAUGGCUCUAACAUGGGGCAACACAACAAGGGCUACUUCCCCCCGGGGAACCUGGCCCCGCGGCCCCUGCACGGGAAGCUGGAGGCCAUCCACGGCUGCGUCCAGGCCCUGCUCCGGGAUCCAGGGCAGCCUCAGCUCUGGGAGCAGCUGGGUGAGAUCUACGAGUCGGAGCAGGAUUGCGAGGAGGCCGUGCGCUGCUACCAGAAUGCCACCCGGUACCCGCGAGACUACGACUACGGGAGCUACGGAGAGAUGCACGCCCGGAUCGGACGCUUGCAGCAGGCUCAGCUGUGGAACUAUCACUCGGGGUCGUCUCACCACCGACCGAAAGCAUUGCCCCCCCUGCAACAAGUCUGGAACCUCCUGCACCUUGAGAAGAGGAACUUCUCUGCCAAGCGCAACCCCCAGCUGAAGAGGCCUGGCCCGCCCAUGGAGCCCCCCGUGGUUCAGCCAAUCCCCCCGGUCCAGCACCCGCCACACCCGGGGCACGGGGAGGACAUGCCCGCCCCCAUGAAGAGGCGGAGGAGCGCCAGUCCUGACCAGGAGCAGAGGAAUUCGGUGGCCCACCCCUUCCCGUACCCCUGCCCCGCCUAUGGCUCCCACCCGCCCCCGCACCGCCUGCCGGCCGUGGCCCCCAGUCCUCGCACACCGCCAGCACACCGGCCCCCUCUCGACAGCCAUGGCUGCCUGGCCCGGCCCAACGGAAGUGACCUUAGAGACGGCAGAGCCCCCCGGGUGCGCUCAGACUCCACCGCCACACCAGCAGCAAACGCCGCCUGCGUGCCUUACGUCCCGCGCCCAAACCCCGGAGGAGCAACCGCCGCCACCAGCAAGACCACCUCGCGGGGCCCACCGACCCCUGACUGCCUUGGUUCCGACCAUUACCAAACGCCGGCAUUGGAGCCACCCAGUCCCGCCCAGGAGAACGGGGGCCGCAAAGCACCCUUGCAGCAGCAGCCACCGCCGCCCCGGCCAGCUCCUUGCCUUGCCCCUCGCAACCUGCCCUGCUCUCGCAUGCCUCCCCCUCCGCCCAUCGCCAGGGGGCCUCCACCAGCAGUUGCCCAGGCACCCACAGCUCCGCAGUGCCCACCGCCCCCUCCCCCUCUGCCCCCACCCCCGCCUCCUCCGCCAGCACCCCCCUUGCCCUGGCUGAAAGGCCCGGCGUUUGGCAGCAAAGGAGGGGAUGCAAAAGCCAGCAGCGACCCCCUGGGCGACAUUCUCUUUGGGUGCGGGGAGCCGCCGCGGGGGGACACUUCCCCUCUCGGGGCCUGCGACUCGGGGCACAGCUUCCAGGAUUCCAACGCCAGCAGCCAGAAAGGGCCCUUCUCGCUCCCCGGAGAAGGGGCCGAGGAGAAGGCCAGCCCCCAAAGAUCAGCCAGCCCCAAACCCAACCCGGCAGCCGCUGGCUACUGGAUGCCGGAAAGCACCCAAGAGGAGAAGGGCCCCGGCGGCCCCAGGGCCUCGGCCCCAGGGAGCCCCACGAUUACCUCAGGAACCUUCGGGUCCCCGGAGAGCCCCCCUCAGCCGCCAACGCUGCCCCUGCCGCCCCCGCCCCUGCCCCGGGCCUCCUAUCCAAAGACGCCGGAGCCCUCGGCAGCGCCCCCUGCAGCGGAGCCCGCACACGAGAGGCUCUUUGGCUUCACCAGCCCCCAGCUGGAGGACCAGUUUGAGGAGCCCCCCGAGUUCUCCAAGAUCCUGCCGGAUGGCCUGGCCAAUAUCAUGAAGAUGCUGGACGAAUCGAUCCUGCGCGGGGAGGAGGAGCGCGAGGAGAGCUUUCCGCCGCCACCGCCACCGGCCCCGCUGCUCCCCAGCCCCCCGCCUUUGGCCAGACCAAAGCCCCCCGCCCCGCCCAACGCCUCCUUCGACUACCCCAAACCACUGGGGCAGGACCCGCCGGAGCCGCCCUGCCUUUACCGCUACGGCAAGCGGGACCCGGAGGAGCGGCCCCAGGCCGCUGCCGCGACCGCCGGCGGGCCGGGCAAGUUCCCCCACCACAGCACGGCCUCCCUGCUGAAGUCUUUGGCCAACAUGCUGGAAGGGCAGAAGCACUCCUAUCGGCCCAAGCUGCUGACCCCCCCAGGUGCUAAGAUCGCUUCCCCGGCCAGCGCCAGCCCGGGGUCCGCGCCCCACUUCUCUACCUCAAGCCAAGGCUGGGCCGCGGGAGCGAUGGGGGAGCAGGCGGCCAGCUCUCCGCCCCCUCCACCCGCCCCCCGGCCCAUCAAGACAGAGUCGGAGGUGCUGGAGGAAAUCAGCCGCGCCUGCGAGACCUUGGUGGAGCGAGCGGAGAGGGAAAAGAGCCCCCCUUCUACAGCCACGCCGACACCCCUCCCGCCCCCACCCCCUCCCCUUUCCUCUCCCGUGACACUGACCAUCCCGCCGCUCCCGCCUCUUCCUCCUCCGGCUCCUGCCCAGCGCCCCAAGGACGAGUCCCGGAAGAGGGACCGCGAGCACCGGAGGCACCGCCGCUCCAGCAAGGACGGGUCGCGCCGGCACCGGGAAGGCAAGGCCCGCAAAGAGAAGAACCGCCAGAUCCUGGGCAGCCUCGACGUGCAGAGCUCGGAGAGCCAGGCGCGGGAGAACGGCGCCAAGCCGCCCCCACACCCCCCGGCCGCCCCGCAGCCCGAGCGCCGUCCGCCCCCCGUCAAGAAGGAGGAAGGGGCCGUCGGCGCGGGCUCCACGGUGGUGUGCUCGGCUGACCUGCUGAAGCUGCGCUCGUUCACGGAAGGCCCGCCCAAGGAGCUGAAGAUCCGGCUGAUCAAGGUGGAGAGCGGAGACAAGGAGACGUUCAUCGCCUCCGAGGUGGAGGAGCGCAGGAUCCCCCUGGGAGAGCUCACCAUCAACCAUUCGGCGGCCGAAGUGGUGCGGGCAAGCAAGCAUGCCAAGGUGAAAGGGAAGUUCAAGGAGUCCUACUUGCUGCCCAGCCACUCGGUCAAACCUCAGAUCAACGUGGAUGAGAAGCUCCCGCGAGAAAAGCUCAACCCCCCGACCCCCAGCAUAUACUUGGAGAGCAAGCGGGACGCUUUCUCUCCGGUCCUCCUGCAGUUCUGCACUGACCCCAAGAACCCCAUCACUGUCAUCCGGGGCCUGGCCGGAUCCCUCCGCCUCAACCUGGGCCUGUUCAGCACAAAGACGCUGGUGGAUGCGAGCGGGGAGCACGCCGUCGAGGUUCGCACGCAGGUCCAGCAGCCCUCGGACGAAAACUGGGACCUCUCCGGGACGAAGCAGGUGUGGCCUUGCGAGAGCAGCCGCUCGCACACCACCAUCGCCAAAUACGCUCAGUACCAAGCGGCCUCCUUCCAGGAGUCCCUCCAGGAAGACAAGGAGACAGAUGACGAGGAAGCAGAUGAGCCUGACAGCACCACCGAGGCGCCCCCGAGCAACCCGGACCAGAAACCGCACCACAUUAUCAAGUUUGGGACCAACAUUGACCUCUCGGAUGCCAAACGGUGGAAACCGCAGCUGCAGGAGCUUCUCAAGUUGCCAGCUUUCAUGCGGGUCACGUCGACGGGGAACAUGCUGAGUCAAGUGGGGCACACCAUCCUGGGCAUGAACACGGUGCAGCUGUACAUGAAAGUGCCUGGCAGCCGCACACCAGGGCACCAGGAGAACAACAACUUCUGCUCCGUGAACAUCAACAUCGGGCCGGGGGAUUGCGAGUGGUUUGCUGUCCACGAGCAUUACUGGCAGGACAUCAGCGCCUUCUGUGAAAGGCACGGUGUCGACUACCUGACCGGCUCGUGGUGGCCCGUCCUCGAGGACCUUUACCAGUCCAACAUCCCCGUCUACCGCUUCAUCCAGCGCCCCGGAGACCUUGUGUGGAUCAACGCCGGGACGGUGCAUUGGGUUCAGGCCACUGGGUGGUGUAAUAACAUCGCCUGGAACGUUGGCCCCCUGACAGCUUACCAAUACCAGCUGGCGCUCGAGCGCUACGAAUGGAACGAGGUGAAGAACGUCAAGUCCAUCGUGCCCAUGAUCCACGUCUCCUGGAACGUGGCCCGUACUGUCAAGAUCAGCGACCCCGACUUGUACAAAAUGAUCAAGUACUGUCUGAUGCAGUCCAUCAAACACUGCCAGGUGCAGAGAGAGAGCCUCAUCCGGUCCGGCAAGAAGAUUGCUUACCAGGGCCGCGUGAAGGACGAGCCGGCCUACUACUGCAACGAAUGUGACGUAAGCCUUUCUGCCUAUCCUCGCUUUUCUCUCUCCCGCCACAGUGGCAACUCCACGGGGGUGAGGCUCCGUCCCUCUCUCAACUUCGCUUUCCUCCGGGGCGCUGCCCCUUCUCCACAGGUCCGCCACAGCGCCAGCAAUGCAGGUGGCGCGCCCUGCUCCGAGACACCCCCCAAAAUAAACCCCAGUACACUGGGCUUCCAUGUCUGGCCCUCUCUGCAGUUCUGACUAUGGGUAUCUGAAGAAGUGUGCAUGCACACGAAAGCUCAUACCAAAAUAAAAACUUAGUUGGUCUUUAAGGUGCUACUGAAGGAUUUUUUUUAUUAUGGGGACAAGGUUUGCCUUCCGCAUUCACGUUCUCUGAAUAAACCCCAGUUCUUCUGGGCUUCCAUGUCUGGCCCUCUCUGCAGUUCUGACUAUGGGGACAAAGUUUGCCUUCCGCAUUCACGUUCUCUGAAAGUUGACCCCCACGGAAGUGGCCAUCUUUCCAUUUUCGGCGAUCCAUUUCCUCUGAGCUCUUUGGCAGAGAGCGACCGGCAGGUCCUUCUAGCCUGUGACAGACUCUGUUCCCCCCCACCGCCACAGACUUUUAUUUUUUGGAAAACAGUCCUUCCCCCUUUCACUGAAGUCAGGACCCACCUUAGGGCCUGGCAGGGUUUUCCUAGGCCUUUAUGGUGUGAACAGUGUUUGAUGAGGCCUGCUUGUCUUUAAAAUACCUCCUGUACCCAACUCCAGUUUGAGGCCCCCGUGCCUCCUUCAUGCCUGACGGCCCCUGAGGUUCCAUAAAGGGGAUUAGGAAGGUCGAAACAGUGAGUAUGAAACGCGUGUCUUAAAAAAAGCUCUGUUGAAAAAGAAGCCUCCGGAAGGAUCCAGAAGCGUAUUGUGAAGUCGGACCUCGUGGCUCUUUGAAACUUCACCUCAAAUCAUGGCUGUCGGUCAAGAGUCUCAAACUAAGAAGUCUAUGAUGAAAACAGGAGGAAAAUAUAAUUUUAUACCUCCCCUCUCUGAAGGAGGGGAGAAGGACCCCAAUGGAGGAAGCUGGACCCCAAGCAGAAUUCUGGUGGCUGCGCCUCAAAAAGUCUCAUUGUGCGGAGACAGGAGAGGUUUGGGAAACGGCAACCAAAAUGAUUAAGGGACUGGAGUAUUUCCCCUACGGGGCUUCUUAGUUUACCGAAAAGAUUAUAGGUGUAUAAAACAAUGCCUGGUGCAGCUUAGGGGCCAGAGAGUGAAGCUGAUCCUUGGAAGAUUCGGGAUAGAUAGAAGAAAGAACAUGCUUUUAAGUGCAUCCUCAAACUGUGGAACUCCCUGCUGCAGGAGGCAGUGGUGGUUGCAAACCUGGAAGUCUCUGGAAGAGGAUUAGACAAAUUCAUGGGAGAUGAGGCUCUCAGCGGCUACUCACCUCGAUGGCUGUGCUCUUAUCUCCAUUGUCUGAGGGAGCAAGAGUCCUAGCUGCUGGGAAUUGCAGGGGACGGGUAGGAUGCUAGGCUGAAAUGAGCCUGAUCCAGCCGCAAAGCUCCACUGGUGUUCUUGAAGGACCGCGUCCUGAGGUCUCAGGGUAGUCUGAGAGACAGCGCAGCUCAAGCAAGCGAAGAAGGAAUGUCUGCUGUGCCAUCUCAAAAGCGAGACGCCAUCCCGACUGAAGCCAGGAAGCCGCCGUGACUGAGCCGUGAAUUAGGGUGGAGGAAAUUGCAGCCCCUUCCAGCCGGGGAGAAGGACCUCCCCAGCCGUGGAGCCCAGGACUCAGCUGUGGCGACUUGGGUUAAAAGAAACCAUAUAAUCACAGAACGGUAGAGUUGGAGGGGACCCACACGGUCAUCUAGUCCGACCCCCUGGGAAGUGGAAAGGAUGCAGGGCUGGUUGUCGGCCGAGCCUCACAGGGAGAGAGGAAGUCAGCCGAGCAAUGGCUUGAGGCACGAAAUGCCUGAGGUGGAGGAAGAAGCCUCUGUUUCCAGAGUCCCACCCAACUCAAAACAGAAUCCUGUGUUGGACCUCCUUUGUCCCCAUCGCAAGGACACCUAUCCCAGAGUCCUGCCAGGUGAUGCAGGGCAGAGCAUCCUUUGAAGAUGCCAAGAUUUGGGGAUCUCUCCCUGUCGCUCCGGCGAGGCCUGAUCAACGGCCUUCUUUUCCAAGAUGCACCAGAGAAGGACACUCAGCAAUAGGUUGCGUUUCGGGCAUGUGACGUUAGCCAAGUGCACCGAGCUCAGUCCGUCCCCCCCCCCCCCCCAUUUUGGUGGAGAAGAAAUAAAACUCCUUUCCCCCUUGGUUCUGUGUCGGCGUCAUUCUCUGGGUACCACACACUUCUGCCCCUCUUUCCAGCAAGAAAGCCUCACCCCGUGGCAAAGGAAGCUGCCGCAAGCUUUGUGUUUCGCUCUCUUCUUUCGCCGCAGCAGCAGCCAAGGGGGCUCCUGUUGCCCGCCUUGAGCCACGGCUGACGUUCUCUGCCAGUGGCAGGGAUGGGCUUGGGCAACGCCCGCCCCGCCCUUUCCGGAAGGGAGGGUUUUAACCUGUAAACACAAAAGGCUUGCCCUUCUCAAUGUCUUUGCCUCGAGUGUGACUGCAGUGCUGG